AUGGGAGAAGGGAGGUGUUUGGGACAAACCAGUCCCUGGAGUCCCGGCUUGUCUUUCCCUCCAGGUUUGUCCAGGAAGCCCUACCUCGUGACCCAGCAGGGCCUUUUCAUGGCCUCUGGAGAGAGUCUGGCCCUCCAGUGUCAGUCUGGUGUCAGCUACAACAGAUUCACUCUGUCCAAGGAGGGGGGAUGUGAUCUCUCCCAGCGCCCUGGCCAGCAGUGUCAGGCUGGGCUCUCUCAGGCUGACUUUCCCCUGGACCCUGUGAGUGGCUCCCAUGGGGGCAGAUACAAGUGCUACGGUGCAUGCAACCUGUCCUCUGAGUGGUCGGCCCCCAGUGACUCCGUGGACAUCCUGAUCACAAAGCAGCUCCCUGACAGACCCUCCCUCUCCAUGAAGCUGGGCCCCAAGGUAGCCUCGGGAGUGAACGUGACCCUGCUGUGUCAGUCAUCGAGCCCAAUUGACCCUUUCCUUCUGUCCAAAGUGGGGAGAAACAAUCCCCCACUGUGUCUUGAAAUAAACAUGGACACACAUACACAAAACCAAACAGUGCAAUGUGCUGGAAAACUGAAUGAUGAAUACAAGAGUGAAAUCAAGGAGACAACCCUGCUCACUGUCUACCUACAGCAGAGCCUUGAAGAUGAAGACCUCCAGGGAGUGACAUACGCCCAGCUGGGGCCAGUGGGAGGAGGCACCAUGACCCCCAUCCUCACAGCCCUGCUCUGCCUUGGUCUGAGUCUGGGUGCCAGGACCCAAAUGCAAGCAGAGACCCUCUCAAAACCCACCAUCUGGGCUGACCCAGGCUCUGUGAUCACCUUGGGGAGCCCCGUGACCAUCUGCUGUCAGGGGACCCUGGAGGCCCAGGAGUACCACCUGUAUAAAGAGGGAAGAUCAUUUCCCCGGGACACACAGAGAUCACCGGAGCCCAGGAACAAGGCCAAGUUCUCCAUCCCAUCCAUGACACAGCACUAUGCAGGGCGAUAUCAAUGUUACUAUCACAGCCCUGCUGGCUGGUCAGAGUCCAGUGACACCCUGGAGCUGGUGGUGACAGAAGCAGCUGAUACCUUUAGCCCACCACAAAACAAGUCAGACUCCAAGACUGCCUCACACCCCCAGGAUUACACAGUAGAGAAUCUCAUCAGGAUGAGCAUGGCUGGUUUGAUCCUGGUGAUCCUCGGGAUUCUGCUAUUUCAGGCUCAACACAGCCACAAGCCCCCAAGAUGCAGCCACGAGGUAAACAUGAGAGAACAAUGCACUAUGAGAAUCGUGGAGGCUUGGAAAUACAUCUGA